UAUAAUUUAGUUGCCGCCUUCGGCAGGAAGAAAUGUGCUUCCAGAAAGUUCACAAAACCCUUUACAAAUAAUUGACGACGCAAUUUAAAUUACCAGACCCAAAAACCCCCAAAUUUACUUAUCGGAUUCACCAGUUUCAAAUUUCAAAUCAUCACAAAAUGACUUCAGCAAUGAUGGCGGGAUUUGCAGUUGCUGCUGCAGCAUAUGCUGGUAGAUACAGCAUUCUGGCUUGGAAUGCCUUCAAAGCAAGACCACCCUCAGCAAAACUACGCAGAUUUUACGAAGGUGGUUUUCAACCCGCUAUGAACCGAAGAGAGGCGGCUUUAAUACUUGGAGUCAGGGAAAGAACUCCAACUGAGAAGGUUAGGACAGCACAUAGAAGGGUGAUGGUUGCAAACCAUCCAGAUGCAGGUGGUAGCCAUUACCUUGCAUCGAAAAUCAAUGAAGCCAAAGAUAUCUUACUUGGAAAAACCAAGGGCGGUGGUUCUGCUUUUUGAUGCGUUUUUCAUAGUCUUACUAAUACUGAUUCUUCGAUAGUUUGGAAAUAUACGAAUUUGAGGGAGGUUGUGAUUCACUUCAUAUCAUUAUUUGUGGGUAAUUGUAUACCAUGAGUCCUCUGAACUAUUAGAGAACAAUUUUUUGUCAUUCGAAUUAUUUUUAUAACGAUUCAUCAAAAAUAUAUAUAUAUUUAUAAUGUAUUCUGUUUA